CAUGUCCUUCCAGCUGCAGGAGCUUGGGCCUGCGCAGCGAAGGGCAACAAGCAAGCCAUACCUUCCAUACGUCAAGCUGACAAACAAAGAAGUAUGGGAAGCCGGUCUGCCUGAUUCUUGAAUUUGAUAUGCACGCGCCUGUGGCACUUCCACCUUGCUCUUAGGAUCAUCUUCUGUUUCCUAUUGGCCUGGCUGCAGCUCCCAACUUGCUAUGGGUCAAGUACACGUAGAAUACCUGCUGGUCGCAGAAUUUGACAUCGACAGAGGCCCGACUAUCGCUCAUCAAUACCCUGAAGUACUGUCACGCGAAUCUAAUGUCCUGGCAGAGCUCAUGCUGCCCGAUCAGACACACGUCAGAUCAGAAGACUGGACAAUAUUCUUCUUGCAACGUAAUGCUAUUGCAGGAGAUCCACUGCUGAAGAUCAAUGAGCAUUCCGAGUCUUCUACGGAGGAUUCAGCUGAGGACAACCUCUUGUAUGUGCUCAGCCUUGUAAACACAAAGCACGACAAGAGUGUCAAACGUGGUGCGCAAGUCAAAGCCCUGGCGAUCGUCACAAGGCACGCCUAUCUGCAUGUCUACAAGCCAGUACUCCUUCUAGCUCUGGAUGAAUAUUACAAAAAUCCAACGCUUUCAACAUUGGAAGUCCUCUACCAGUCUGUCAAUGCCAUGGACCUAUCGGCCAUGCCAAAGUUGAAUGAGCUUGAAAAGUUGAUCUUGGUCGCUUCCGAUCAAGAUGCUGUCCUGAGCCAGCACACUGAGUCUACCGAUGACAAGCGGCACUCUGACCAAUCGGCAAUUUCAUCGCCAAUCUCAACGGUUUCUGAUCGCAUGUCACAAAUGCUCCUAGGGAAUACCCAGAACAGCGGGCCUGCUUCGCCAGGCGUACCGGGCUAUCACAGAGACACUCAGCACUUUUCGACCUUUGUGGACUAUCUCAAUGUCAAAGUGCCCGUGCGGAUUCCGCUCGCCACUUUUCCAGAACUGGUCGGAGACUUCUCCAUCAUCCAGCUGAUUCAAAUCUUUACAAAGAACGCUUCCAACAAUUCGUCGUUCCAGAUUUUGCAUCCUGAGUUGACUACGAGUGGCUCGUCGACGCAUCCAGUCAUGGUCCUCAUGAAUGCCCUGCUCACUCAAAAGCGGAUUGUCUUCUUGGGACUAGCCAGGCCAUCAGGAGACGUCGCCCAGCAUGUACUUGCUGCAUGCGCUCUUGGGUCUGGCGGAUGUGGCCUGCUUCGUGGCUUCACCGAACGAGCCUUUCCUUACACCGAUCUAAGUAAGAUUGAGGAAGUGAUUCAGGUUCCUGGGUUCAUCGCUGGAGUGACAAACAGUGUCUUUGAGCUCCAUCCCGAGUGGUGGGAUAUUCUUUGCAACCUGGAUACAGGAGCAAUCACUAUAUCAAGCGAGCUACAGGAUAGCUUCGUCGAGCCUUCGCCAACGAGUUCUGUGUUCAAUUUUACUUCGUUGGCCCAUGGCGUCAAUGCAGCCGACGGCGUACGGAGUGUGUCUCAUUUAUGCGACUACAGCGAUGCUGGAUUCAUGGCGGAUAUCGAAAUGACUAUUCAAGAACGCGCGUCAGAGCACACUAUGAGGAUGAAGUUUCGCGAUUGGACCCAUCGCCUCGUCAAAACUGCUGUUGCAUAUGAACUUGACAAGUAUGGCCACUCAAAUUUGUUGCCACCGCGUGAAGUGGUUGAUCAAUUUGAACUUGCUGGGACUGGAUGGGUAUGGCCAGAUGAGCAGUCAAAACAAAGGGACCUUUUGAGUAAUGCAAGCCGUAUCGAGGGCUGGAGAGGUACAGAAAGCUACUUGAAAUUUGGCGAACAAAACACAAGAUACUGGCACAAACAACUCCGUGCUUCGCGUUCAGCGGAUGCAGCCAUUGCAGCGACCGCACGGAUUGUCUCUCUGGAUCUUUGGUACCAAAUCGAACAGCUGCGCGUCUUGAGCCAUGACAAAUUGACAUUGGACGAGUCUGCUCGAAUAUACACGACUUUGGCAAAGGAGGUACGUACGCCCUUGCAAGUGACUGAGUUGUUGUCACUCUGUCCGUUGAGCCAAGGAGGUUUGCAAUGGCUGGCACAUGGUUGUUGGCAUCCAGAUCAUCUUGCCAGAGUCGCUGCAGCCGAACUGCUCGAGCGCAUUGAGGAAAGUUCCAUUGGUGUGCACUUCAUUGGAGCUCUCAACAUGUACUUUCGUCGCGGCUAUCAACGACUGAAACAAGAGAUUGCAGCCAACGUUCCCAUUGAAUUUGAGGCUCCAGCCAUAUCGACAAACGGCAUCUGAAGCCAGUGAAAGAAAUUUAACAUUGAAAAGAUACAUAUAAUGGAAGAAUUACGCUG